UGAGCAGUAACCUGGACCGCCUAUAAAGCGGGCGCGCGGCGGGGUUGGAGAGCUGGUGGCGGCGGCAGGUGGCGCGGGAGACCGUAGCGUGCCAUGGGGCUCCCCGCGCUGCUGGCCAGUGCGCUUUGCACCUUUGUGCUACCACUGCUGCUCUUUUUGGCUGCGAUCAAGCUCUGGGACUUGUACUGCGUGAGCAGCCGCGACCGCAGCUGCUCUCUUCCCUUACCCCCCGGGACUAUGGGCUUCCCAUUCUUUGGGGAAACGUUGCAGAUGGUGCUGCAGCGGAGGAAGUUUCUGCAGAUGAAGCGCAGGAAAUACGGCUUCAUUUACAAGACACAUCUAUUUGGGCGGCCCACGGUUCGGGUGAUGGGCGCGGACAACGUGCGGCGCAUCUUGCUCGGAGAGCAUCGGCUGGUGUCUGUCCACUGGCCCGCGUCUGUGCGCACCAUCUUGGGCUCUGGCUGUCUCUCCAACCUGCAUGAUUCCUCGCACAAGCAGCGCAAGAAGGUGAUUAUGCAGGCUUUCAGCCGCGAGGCACUCCAGUGCUACGUGCCAGUGAUCAUUGAAGAAGUGGGCAGUUGCCUGGAACGAUGGCUGAGCUGCGGCGAGCGCGGCCUUCUGGUCUACCCCGAGGUGAAGCGCCUCAUGUUCCGCAUCGCCAUGCGCAUCCUGCUGGGCUGCGAGCCCCCGCGGGCUGGCAGCGGAGAGGCAGAGCAGCAGCUAGUCGAAGCCUUUGAGGAGAUGACCCGCAAUCUCUUCUCGCUACCCAUCGACGUGCCUUUCAGCGGGUUGUACCGGGGCAUGAAGGCGCGGAACCUCAUUCACGCGCGAAUCGAGGAGAACAUUAGAGCCAAGAUCUGCCGGCUGCGGGCUGGGGAAGCAGACAGGAGCUGUAAAGACGCGCUGCAGCUGUUAAUUGAGCACUCCUGGGAAAGGGGAGAGCGGCUGGACAUGCAGGCACUAAAGCAAUCUUCAACUGAACUACUCUUUGGAGGACACGAAACCACGGCCAGUGCAGCUACAUCUCUGAUCACUUACCUGGGACUGUAUCCUCAUGUUCUCCAGAAAGUUAGAGAGGAGCUGAAGAGUAAGGGCUUACUUUGCAAGAGCAAUCAAGACAACAAGUUGGAUAUGGAAAUCCUGGAACAACUUAAGUAUAUAGGGUGUGUUAUUAAGGAGACCCUCCGACUGAAUCCCCCAGUUCCAGGAGGAUUUCGAGUUGCUCUGAAGACUUUUGAAUUAAAUGGUUGCUUGGGGAUUCCCAUGGCAUGGCAGCUGUCUUCACCCAGAUCAAGUGAUCCAAAGAAAGGAGCAAGACAGAGGCCCCAGUGUCUUUUAUGUCUAGCCUUGGAAGUCACACUUCAUCAUAUCCACAAUAUAUUAUUGAUUACAGAGGUACCCGUUCAAAGAGGAGUGUUUGAAAAAAUAGUGGUGCAAUUAUUUUAUGGAAAGUUAUGGAGCCAUAAUGGAGUAAGUACAAUGGAUUCUGUUGACCUUGAGGAAUGGCUAUGACAGACUGUUUCAUAGGGAGAAGUUGCAGAAGGACUUAGUUAACUGGGUGGGGGGGCAGAAUUGAUAAGGAUACUUCCCAAGGAGAUUAUUUACACUUCCCAAAUACAUUUAUGGAUUUAUGGAUGCUGUUUCUGGUUGCAAGGCAUUUUUUAAUGUAUUUUUAAAAAUUGUAGUUGGACACAAUAUCUUUGUUUUUGUUUAUUUUUAUGUGGUGCUGAGGAUCGAACUCAGGGCCUCGCAUGCGCUAGGUGAGCGCUCUACCUCUAAGCCACAAACCCAGCCCCCUGCAAGGCAUUUUUUGUGGUUAAGGUACUAGGAGCCUUAACCACUGAGCCACAUCUUCAGCCCUUUUAUAUAUUUUAUUUAGAGACAGGGUCUCACUGGGUUCCUUAGGGUCCCACUAAGUUGUUGAGGCUGGCUUUGAACUUGGAAUCCUCCUGCUUCUGCUUAUGAGCUGCUGGGAUUAUAGGCGUGUGCCACUGGUGCACAGUUUAGGAAUUUGUUUUUGGUUUUGGUGCUGGGGAUGGAACCCAGGGCCUUACUCAUGAUAGACAAGUGCUCUUCCACUGAGCUUCACCCUCAGCUCAUUGAUUUUGUAAUUAAGAAUUUUAGGAGAGACAAAAUAAUGGAGGUGCCAUUUUGGAGACUGCCAGUCUCCCCUUUCAGUCCAUUCUUCCUGUCUCUGCCCUCUCUCUCCAUGUUCCUUCUUUCCACUUUCAGAGGAAAUGUCCCAGUUGCCAGUUAUGAACAUCUGAUUGGCUGAGUCAAGGUCAUAUGCCCAUGGACUGCCAGUUUUGGGAGAGGGAAUGUCUGACUCUAUCCUAAGAGGGGAAAGAUGAUCGCCAAAACUAUGUGGGGACAGUCGCCUCCCAACUAGGAGGUAUAUGGUAAUGCUAUUUGACCCCCAAUCAGUAACUGAAGUGGAAAAUCUUAUAGCCCUACCUUUUUGAAACUUCCAUGUAUUUGGAAAAGCAGUUCUAAGUUUAUUAAAUUUUUAUUUUAUUUUAUUUUUUUAGCACACUAGGAAAAAUAGCCAAAAUUUGCUGAACAUUUACUGUGUUAUUUCACAUUGUCUGAUUUGAUAUACAUGAUAAUAUUCAUGAUGCAGAUACAAGUCAUUUUUUUUUUUUUAGGUGGGGGUCUUGCUAUGUUGACCAGGCUAGUCUUGAAGUCAUGGACUCAAGUGAUCCCCCACCUCAGCUUCCCAAGUGGCUGGGACUACAGGCAUGCACCAGAUACAAAUUUGAAUGCUGAUUUUACAAAUGGAGCCAUGGAAACACAAAAUGGUUGGGUAAUAUGGCUAGAGUCAUAACAGCUAGUAAGUGUUGAAGCCAAAAUUGGCAACCAGGCUGUCUGAGUAGAAGGUUCUACUCUGUCUCCAGAUUUGUAGCAUUUGGAAUGGAUACUGAUUUUAUCUGGAAUAAUAAUGACUCCUAUUUUCACUGAGCACUUAGUAUGUGCCAGGUUCUGUUCUUACGGCUUUCCAUGAAUUAAUUCAUUUCAUCCUCACAACAACCCCAAAUAAGAAAACUAAACCUCUAAGUUACCAGCUACUCAGCUCAGGGUUGAGGCCCAGGCAGUUUGCCUCCAGAGCCCACACAGUCUGCAUGACACCCCAGAGCCACUGUCCUCUCUACUCAUCAACACCAAUGUACUGUUUCUUCUGUAUCCAUCUGAAAGCAUUUCUCUUGGAAUCCAGAAAUUUGGACUGUUAUCAAGAUAAUUCAACUAAGUUAAGGGUUUUAUUUCAAUUUUUUGUUUCAUUUUGACUCUGAGGCUUUAGACAUAAGCUAAUGUCAUCUAAAAUAAUUUGAAUUAAAUGCAGCCUCUGUC